AUGGACCUACCAGUGAAGGCACCGAAAGCCGGUGGCCGGAAAACCAAAUAUAGAAUAAGAACCAAGGAUUUGUCCUACAAAUUAUCACCAAGAUAUUGUGAGAUCAAUUGGGUGUUCUGGGGUGAGGUGACAAACAAUACAAAAAAGUACAUUUUGAAGAAUGUAAAUUGUGAAGCCAAACCAGGGGAAAUCACUGCCAUUGCUGGUUCAAGUGGGGCAGGAAAGACCACAUUGUUGGAAAUUCUCGCUGGGGUGAUUGUGCCGUGUAGAGUUUCUGGUCAAGUACUUGUAAAUGACCAGCCAAUGGAUGCUACACAUUUCCGGAGAACAUCUGGAUAUGUCACACAAGAUGAAGCUCUAUUCCCACUUUUAACUGUUGAAGAAACGCUCAUGUAUAGCGCACGUCUCAGGCUGCAGGGGGGCCUUCACAAGGCUGCAGCUAGAGUGAGGGAGCUGUUGAAGGAGCUUGGAUUAGACCAUGUUGCUGGUACAAAAAUCGGCAGUGAAUCAAGUCGAGGCAUCUCAGGUGGUGAGAAGCGCCGGGUUUCAAUUGGUGUUGAUCUAGUUCAUGACCCGGCUGUUCUUCUGAUUGAUGAACCAACAUCAGGAUUGGACUCAGCAUCAGCUCUUAAUGUGGUCUUGCUGCUUCAGUCUAUGGCCAAGAAUCAAGGUAAGACAAUUGUGUUAACCAUUCAUCAACCUGGCUUUCGAAUUCUGGAGCUUUUUGAUACAGUUGUGUUGUUAUCCAAUGGAAUUGUCCUCCACCAUGGAUCCUUGAACCUCCUAGAGGAGCGACUCAAGUUUGCAGGCCAUUUCAUCCCUCGGCAUGUCAAUGUGCUCGAGUUCGCCAUAGAAAGCCUUUCCAUAGAUAAGGAAGAAAACGAUAUCAAAGACAGUGAAACUGGACAAGAAUAUGAUCACAUCAUGAAAAUCUCUAAUUUGGGUAACAUAGAAGAAAAUCACAUCUUUUACCCCAAUUCUCGAAUUAAUGAGGUAAUAAUACUGAGCCAGAGAUUUUCUAGUAACAUUUUUAGAACAAAACAGCUGUUUGCUGCAAGAAUAAUGCAAGCAGUGUUGGUAGGGGUUCUAUUAGGGACGAUAUUUAUGAACGUGAAUAAUGAUCCAAAGAGAUUUAAGCUGCAAAGUAAACUUGGGUUCUUUGCCUUCAGUCUCGCCUUCUUGCUGUCUCCCACAACAGAAGCUCUACCAAUUUUUUUGCAGGAGAGGAGAAUUUUAAUGAGGGAGACCUCGAGAGGAGCUUAUAGAGUCUCUUCUUACGUUAUCUCAAAUACACUUGUGUUCCUUCCUUUCCUUCUAGCAGUGGCUCUUCUCUACACCAUCCCAGUUUACUGGCUAGUCGGAUUGAGGCCAGAUAUUGAUGGAUUUCUAUAUUUCUCUCUGGUGGUUUGGAUAGUUGUUCUGGUUUCAAAUUCUUUUGUGGCAUGUUGUGGCGCACUGGUGCCAAAUUUUAUCAUGGGAAGCUCUCUGACUGCGGGGCUCAUGGGGUCUUUCUUUCUCUUUUCUGGGUAUUUCAUAUCCAAACAGGACAUACCCAGCUUCUGGAUUUUCAUGCAUUACUUGAGUUUGUUUAAGUACCCAUUUGAGUGUUUUUUAAUAAAUGAAUAUGGAGGAGAGAAAGGGAAAAGGAGAUGCUUGGAAAGUGUGGAAGGAGUAUGCCUCCUGUAUGGUGAUGGUUUCAUGGUGCAGCAAGGUUUGAAGGAGUCACAGCAAUGGAGCAAUUUACUUGUGAUGCUGGGUUUUAUUUUUGGGUACAGAUUUAUUUGUUUCAUGAUUCUGUGGUACAGAUCUUACAGAAGCAAAAGUUAGAAGAAGGAAGAGUUUUUUUU